UUCGCCGGCCGGCGACCAAACUUGUUUUUCCGCCUUAUUUCCAUACUGAAGUAAAAUACCACCUCAGAAUUAGGAGAGCACUAUUGCUGUGAAGCUCCUACAUACCAAACGUGUGCAGAAAAAUGAAAUCUUUCAUAGAAUAUUCCGCAAACACAGAUUUUCCAAUUGAAAAUUUGCCUUACGGUGUUUUCACAUCGCCUAAAAACGCUCAAAAGCACAUUGGAGUCGCAAUCGGAGAUUGGAUUUUAGAUCUGAACGUUAUCUCGCAUCUGUUUACCGGACCGCUAUUGAAAGACAAACAACAUGUUUUUAAGGAUGAUAAGUUAAAUGCGUUUAUGGGCUUAACCAAAGCGCAUUGGAUUGAAGCAAGGAAUACGUUGCAGAAACUUCUCGAUGCCAGCAACAAUAAAUUGAAAAAUGACAAUGAUCUUCGACAAAAAGCUUUCGUCAAGCAAACUGAGGCUACAAUGCACGUUCCAGCCCAUAUUGGCGAUUACACCGACUUCUACUCGUCGAUCCACCACGCCACUAACGUGGGAAUUAUGUUCCGAAGUAAAGAGGAUGCUCUUAUGCCUAAUUGGAAAUAUUUGCCAGUUGGCUAUCAUGGCCGAUCCAGCUCCAUUAUUAUAUCCGGCACUCCGAUCACACGUCCUCUUGGGCAGACACUUCCAGUUGAAGGCGCCGACCCACACUUUGGUCCCUGUCGGUUGAUGGAUUUCGAGCUGGAAAUGGCUUUCUUUGUUGGAGGACCUCCGACUGCUCUCGGUGAACGAGUUACUGCCAAACAGGCAGAAGAUCGUAUCUUCGGAUUUGUUCUCAUGAAUGACUGGAGUGCGCGCGAUAUCCAGAAAUGGGAGUACGUUCCUCUCGGCCCAUUCACCGCUAAGAACUUGGGGACAACCAUAUCACCGUGGAUUGUAACUGUGGAGGCACUACGUCCGUAUAUUAUAGACAACUACCCACAAGAUCCGGCCCCCUUCCCAUACCUGCGACAUGAUGAUAAAUUCAACUUCGACAUCAAAUUGGAGGUUGAUUUGAAGUCGGAGAAGUCACCAGUAAUAACAACAAUCAGCCGCUCGAACUAUCGCUUCUUGUACUGGACUGCCAAACAGCAGUUGGCCCAGCAGACUAUAACUGGCUGCAACUUGCGUCCCGGAGACUUACUCGGCUCUGGUACUAUCAGCGGUGAUAGUUCAGAUUCCUAUGGAAGCAUGCUUGAACUUAGCUGGAAAGGCACGAAACCACUCCGUUUGCAAAAUGGUGAAGAAAGAAAAUUUUUACAAGAUGGUGACACUAUUAUAUUACGAGGUUAUUGCGUCAAUGAACUAGGCGUGCGCCUCGGAUUCGGUAAAUGCGAAGGCAAAUUGCUCCCAGCACUACCAUACAAGGAAUAAUUAUUAAUUUAUUAUUUUAUCGGCUUUUGGAAGUCUACACCAUUAUAACAUUUUUUAUUAUUUUAUCACGUUGUAAGUUUGUUUCACUGCCAUGCUGUGUGUUUUUAAAAGCAAAAAUUUUACGGUUUGUUAACAAUAAACGAGUGGUUCUGUU